AUGAGGAUCGAUGUUGAAAUGCUCGGAAGAGUUGCGGUGUAUAGAUUCGAGUCAUUGAUUGUCAUCUGGAUGUUCUUCAGGCUCUAUCUAGCGUAUCUACUUGUUAGACGAUGGCUCUUUAUGCACUAUUUUGAAGAAGCAGCGUUUAACCUAGGAGACGAGGCAACGCUUCAGAUGAUCUUCAAUCCUGCGAACAAGAUAGGAGGAAAACUUGCUCUCAAGGUUGCCUUGAAGAGACACCCACUGCGCUUCAUCGGAGGAAUGGCGCUCGUUUCGAUAGUCGUAAUGGCUUACUGCACUCGAGUGGCAGAAGGAUGUGCCAAUCGAAUACAUUCAAACUAUUUUUGGAAUCAGACACUCAUAUUUUUGCUGCUUAUCAUGAAGUUGUGGAUGGUGAUGGUGACCAUGUCAACUACUGGAUAUGGUGACAUGUACCCAGUCACCCAUGCUGGACGGUUCGUGAGUAUCUUUGCGAUGUUGGCGGGAUUUCUCUUCACUGCCAUUUUCACAGCUUCGGCCACUAGAGCGUUUGAUCUCAAUGACAACGAAGCGGAGCUGAUGAGAAUCAUGAGCAUCGAGUCCAUGCGCUGUCGUCUUGUGGUCGCUAGUGCGAGGCUUUCACGCAAUUUCGACGUUUCAAGGGUGACCAGGCCUAUUUGUUUUGACAUCCUUAUGCUUAACCAUGUCCAGCGGAACAUCCUCAUCUCUUCACUGGAAAUUCGUAAGAUUGUUCAACAAGAAGUCGAAAAGUUGAUCAGUAGAAAUGAUACAGUGGUACAUCAAAACGAUCAAGGAAACGUCGAACAACUUGAAACAAACCUUAACAUCGAUGUGAAAUUCCAAAAAUGGGAACGACGUUUCACCGAGCUCGAGGCUCAAGUUGGAAACCUUUGCCAUCAUGUUGAAAACUUGCUGGAAUCGUUGACAGCAGUGCAGAGCAAUUGUUGCUCAUGCCAACCCAGUAGAAAUGACAAGUACAACAAGUUUCAGGACAAAAAGGAUAAGAUUGUCGUCAAAGAUAAGAUUCAUAAGGACGCAAGGACUGUGAGCGAGCAGAAUUGCAGGAGAUCCAUCGACUUAGACAGAUCUUAUGCCGAUCAAUCAAACUCGUCACGAGGGGCUCGUAGCAGCUCCAAGGAGAUCGAAUGGUCGAACUACAUGCUUGAAAGGCAACUCAAGGAUCAGCGGAGGAGUCAAGAUUCCGCAGACAUCGGGAAAAGAAUGGGAAUGGAUCUCACCUUCCCCCAACGCCAGCCUUGUCGAGGUUCCAAGAAGUCAACCUCGGACUCACUCUGGGGGAAUGACACCUCAGAUGCUAACGUCAAGCUCAAGCAUGGGCCUAGCAUGUCUAGGACAGUCUCUGAAUCCAAGGCAACGGGAAAGGACAAGGCGUUUGUCGCCGAGGAUGCAGGGCCUGUCAGGAGGCGAUCAUCUGUUUCGAGCAGAGAGGUACGCUUGGCCCUGGUCUCGCGUGCUACUGACACAGCCCAGGGGUCCUUCAAGUUCCUUCACGAACCUCAAGACAUAGGUUUGCGUCUAGACAAUCCACAGGUUUCGAUCGCUUUCACAGUUGCGGCAUCAGACCCGCUAAAGAAACAACAGGACAGAGGUGGUUUGGUCAAGUCCAAGUGUCAAAUGAUUGGGAGCAUCAUCUCACAAGAAGUGCAGGUCGAAUAUGUAGUCAGGGGCUCGACACAGUCUCUUUCCCAAAGAGCUUGGCCCAGCAAAUUCGUUGACAUGAAAUUAGGGUUGAACGAGCGACAGAACUUGAGAGGCUCCAUUGCUUGCGUACAAUAG